CUCCCUUCUCUCUUACUUCUGCUUUCUUCUCCGGCGCAGCGUUUGUUUUGAUCGAAAACCUUUGAGCUUCUGAGGUUUUGAUGCUUGAGCAGCUGGGUUCCCCAGCCGCUCAAGCAUGCUGGAGCCGGCAUGUGCUCCCUCCUCCGAUGACCCUUCGGGGUUAUUCGGUCUCCUCCGAUGACCCUUCGGGGUCUGUCGGUUUCGGGGUCCCUUUCCGAUCUGGUGACCCUCGGCUUCCCUGUAGAUAUUGGGAGGUGCUCGCUGUUUUUCCAGUUCUGGCCACCGUCGGACUGGAUCUCUGCCGCGGCGUCCUGGAGAUCUUGCGCCAUCCUCUCCGGAGUAGUUUGAAGGGUGUCCCAUGGCUGGAUCGGUCGACCUCAGGUUGCUCGAGUGAUUUCACCUCUCUUCCUCCCAUGCAUCGGGCCUACUCUGCUUUACUUCUCCAGUUUGUUCUUUUCUGUGUUUGUUACCUUUAUCCUUUUGGAUAAGGACUGAUUGUAGAUGCCGUAUGGCAGUUUCUUAAUGCAUUGCUAAUACCUUUUUCUCAAAAAAAAAUAAUGGUUUGUUUGGCAAUCGUUAGUUUGAGAGAAUGUAUUUGAAUUUGGUGUUACAAAUUAAAUUUAUUGUUUGUUUUUAUAUAAUAAGAGUGUAUUUAAAUU